UCUUCGUGCUUUCUCUCAGUACCACAAACCAUUUGCAACUAACCAGCAACGUAUGCAGAUAGUGAGGUUGAACCGGACUAGCCUGUAUUAAAAUAUACGGUUCGUUGCCUUUCUUUUAAAAUUUCCUCCCAAACUUUUGCUGGCACAUUUUUUUUUUUUUUUUUUUUUAGCCAAGGAAGAAAUAUACAUAUGCACUUUGAAAAAAUAGGGACAUAUUACAAAUAUUGAAAAAUAUAUACAUAUUAUUAUUUUUAAAAAAUUGGAAGGUUUCUUUUUUUUCUAAAAAAAAAGGAGGAGGAAAGGUAGAAAGGACAGAUAGAAAACAGGAAAAAGGACUAGAAAAGGAAAAUAAAUUGUGGCGGAAUAACUGACGUUUGUUGGUGAAGGAUGCGUUUUGAAAAGGGAGCGGAGAUGCUUGUAUAUGUAUAGUAUAAACAGCUAAUAAUACUAGACAGCUUCUCUGUCUCUUGCUAUUUUACUUCAAGCAAGCUAGCUGCUCGAUUCCUUAUACGCGCCCCGGCAAGCUAGAAAUUAUUGCAUCUUGCAUUCUCAUUUUUCAGUCUCUAUACAACUCUUUUCCCGUCCGACCUCAAAAAUGAAUUACCUCCGUCGACGGCUCUCGGACAGCAGCUUCAUGUCCAACUUGCCCAACGGUUACAUGAGUGACUUGCAGCGGCCGGACCCUCCGCAGCCCAGCCCGGCAGUGUCGCCCGGACCCCCGGAGCGCCGCCAGUCCACCAGUCAGUCCGCCGGUGCCGGUUUCUUUUCUUCGAUCUCCAACGCUGUCAAGCAGACAACCGCGGCGGCAGCGGCAACGCUGAGCGAAGCCACUAUCGGUGGCACCGGUCCAGCCCGCAGCAAGAUACUGCUAGCCAUCGAUGACCAACAGACCGACUGGGCCAAAUUCUUCAAAGGAAAGAAAGUCCAUGGGGAAUUCGAUAUCAAAGUGGAGCAGGCUGAGUUUUCUGAAAUUAACUUGGUAGCCCAUGCUACUGGAAGCUAUAGUGUGGACAUUGAAGCCAUAAGAAAUGGGACCAAAAUUACCAAGUCAUUCCGGCCGGACUUUGUGCUCGUCAGGCAGCACGCUUUCAGCAUGGCAAAGAACGGAGACUUCAGGAACAUCGUCAUAGGGCUGCAGUACGCUGGGCUGCCUGGAGUCAACUCACUGCACUCUGUCUAUAACUUCUGUGACAAGCCUUGGGUGUUUUCUCAGAUGACAAGACUGUACAAGAAGUUUGGUCAUGAGGAGUUCCCGUUGAUUGAGCAAAUCUACUACCCCAACCACAAGGAGAUGAUCACUACCCCAAAGUUUCCAGUUGUGGUAAAGAUGGGCCACGCUCACUCUGGAAUGGGAAAGGUGAAGGUGGACAAUCAGUAUGAUUUCCAGGACAUCGCCAGCGUGGUCGCCCUCACAAAGACCUACGCCACUUCGGAACCCUUCAUCGAUGCCAAGUACGACGUUCGCAUCCAGAAGAUCGGCAGCAACUACAAGGCGUACAUGAGAACUUCAAUGUCUGGGAAUUGGAAAACCAACACAGGGUCAGCAAUGCUGGAGCAAGUCGCCAUGUCUGAUAAAUACAGGCAGUGGGUAGACGCCUGCGCAGACGUGUUUGGGGGCCUUGAUAUGUGUGCAGUGGAGGCCCUCCAUGGCAAGGAUGGCAAAGAUUACAUCAUCGAGGUGGUCGGUUGCUCCAUGCCUCUCAUCGGAGAGCACCAGGAUGAAGAUCGGACCCUCAUCACAGAGCUGGUGCUGAGCAAGAUGAACCAGACCCUGCCCAGGACCUCCCUCCCCUCCCCAGUCCAGCCAGCUCAGCGCCAGUCCCCAGUACAGCAGGCAGCUUCCCCCCAGCCCUCUCAGGCACAGACUCGGCCAGUCCCAGGGUCUCAGCAAGGACCCCCAGCUCAACAGCGCCCCUCUCCGCAAGGUGGCCCCCAACAGCCUCCCUUUGGCACUCAAGGAGCACGCCAGGGGCCCCCCUCCCAGCAAAGACCCCCCCCUCAAGGCCAACCGAUCCAGGGUGUGAGCCCGGCAGCUUUGAACCAGCCCCCCUCCCAGCAGCAACACCGAGCCCCCAGCCCCAGCUCCCAGCUCCCACCCUCUCAACUCCCACCCCAGCAACAGAGGCAGCCCAGCCCUGGGGGGCCGGCAGGGGGGCACCAGACAGCAACCCAGCAACGACAGCCAGGGCCCGGGGCCCAGCAGCCCCAGCAGAGGCCCCCGUCAGCUCAGAGCUCCCCCCAGCGCAGUCUCAGCAGCUCCCCGCAGAUGCAGAGACACCCUCAGCAGCAGCAGCAGCAGCAGCAGCCCCAACAAAGACCCGGCCCCAUGCCCAAGCCUGCAGCCUCCCAGCAGCAGAGGCCUCCACAGCAGAGGCCCCCGCAGCAGAGGUUGCCUGGUCAAGGAGCCCCGCAGCCCCCUUCCCAGCAGCAACGGCCAGCCUCCCAGGGCCCUGCUCCACAAGGCAGGCCCCUGCCCCCCACCACCCAGCAGCCCAGGCCAUCCGCACAGGGGGGCCCGCAGGGGGGAGUAGGGGGUCGGCCGCCCGUGCAGCAGAAGCCUCAGCCUCCCCUGAAACCCAGCCAGGAUCAGAGCAUGGGAGUGCCGUCCCAGCAGCAGCAGCAGCACCCCCAGCUCAACAAAUCCCAGUCUCUUACCAAUGCCUUCAACAUUCCAGAACCUUCGGCGGCUCCCCGUUCAAUCCUUAGCCAGGACGAGGAGAAAGCGGAGACCAUCCGAAACCUGCGCAAGUCCUUCGUGAGCCUCUUCUCAACGGAGUGACCCCCAAACACAAACUAACCCCCACCCCUCCGACUGAGAGACCACCCGCAGCCUCCACAAGUCCUUCGUGAGCCUCUUCUCAAAGGAGUGACCCCCAAAACACCUUCUCCGACUGAGCGACCCUCCAGCCCCUCGAAGCGCACACAGAACCCCUGCCGACACCACACCGCUCUGAGAAAAUUGUUUGUUGACAGGGCACGGGUGUCAAACUCGGCCCCUUGAAGAGCCGAAGUGUCUUCGGGCUUUCGUUCCACCCCGAGCGCUCAAUUACUUAAUUGCUCUAAUUAAUCGAGAGCUUGAGUUGGAAUGAAAACCAGAAGGCCCUCGAGGACUGGAGUAACACCCCUGGGUUAAGGUGUACAGAAUUCAGUAGCUCUCUCACCCGUUUCAUUUUCAGUUCUUGGCAUCCUUAAAGCGUUGCAGAAACCCCUGCCGUGUUAGCAAGACACAAUACAAAAUAAAACAAUACAAAACAAUACAAGUCAGCUGGAGACAUUUGCUCUUGAGAUCCUCGUUUGUGUCCGGUUAUCUCAAACAAAUCUGUUUUUUACGUCGCGAGUUCGAGUCCAGGCUAUUCCUUUGCCGACCGAGGACGGGAGCUCCCAGGGGGCGGCGCUCAAUUGGCCGAGCGUCGCCCGGGGGGAGGGAGGGUUAGGUCUACCAGGGUGUCCUCGGCUCACCGCACACCAGCGCCCCCUGUGGUCUGGCCGGGCGCCUGCGGGCUCGCCUGUAAGCUGCCCAGAGCUGCGUUGUCCUCCGACGCUGUAGCUCUGAGACGCGUAAAGAAGCGGUCGGCUGACGGCACACGCUUCGGAGGACAGCGUGUGUUCGUCUUCGCCUCUCCCGAGUCAGCACGGGGGUGGUAGCGAUGAGCUGAGCCUAAAAAUAAUUGGCCAUUCCAAAUUGGGAGAAAAUAAUAAAAAUAAUUGGCAAUGACUAAAUUUAUAUAAAAAAAAAAAACCCAAAAAACAAAUCUGUUUUUAAAAUUGAUUUCAAAGAUUUGACUGUGCCAACAUUCCUGAUAUGACUCGGGACGGAGACCCUCCUCGUCCCUCCUGGUUUUUUAGACAACUUCUUGCAACUACUCAGUUCAGCUUUCUCCGAUCUCAAGUUGCCUUGAAGCGUUGCUUUUGCUUUAGCUGGUGUCCCAUGUUGUCUGUAUUUUUUGAACCCUUACAUUUGUAAUCACACAUUUUGGGAUAUAAAUCAACUGGGGGUACAUUUCUCAACAUUUACUCGGGAGCGUUAGCCAGGAGAAAGAGAACUUCCCUUCUGAGGAUCGCAGUGUAUCCAGAUCACACUCCCCACUGCAACGACUGUCGGUUUUCUGUUCCGCAAAGCAUUGUUGCGGGAGGGAGCGUGAACUGGAUACACCGUAAAAAUUCUCUUUCUUCUGGAGACCUUUCCCCAAGUAAAAAUUGAAAAAAAGUAAUUCCCUAGUUGUGAUGUGUGAAUAAAAAGCAAUUUUAAAGCAAUCUGUUUCUUGUAAACACCACACUAAUACUUAUUUUUAAAAAAAAAGUUAGAAUGAAACCAAUCUCCUCCUAGCGGCUGAUGAGUCACUAAUACUGACAUCAGAAUAAGCCUCUGAACUGUGGAGCUCAUCCUUUCAAACUUUGAACUGGGAGUUUAGCAUCUCAAUGGGCUGAGAUGUCAAGUUCUUAUGCAAUUUGUGCUCUGCCAUAAACCAUUCCAAGAUCUAUUUAGUUCUGCACAAUAAACUCAUCCAUGUCACAAGGUCAGACAGGGAGACAACUUUAAUGGUUUCACCGUAAACACCUGGGCUUCCCUCUAAUGAAAAAAAAUAAUCUUGCAUCUCAUUUUCAGCUGCAAUUAACUCACAGACCAAUGCCAUAGGCAGCUGAGAAAUCAAAUUCUUGCUUCUACCUUUAGUCUCGCAUUGAUGCCAAAACUAACUAGAAGCUUCUUGUGAUGGUCUUCGGUAGACGUUGCUGUGAGCUCUCCUGAACGUAAUACAAAAUAAGGUUCAAAGGAUGUGGUGAAAAAACUAACCGGAAUUGGAAAACCACGUGAGAGAAUUUUUGAAUGAUGUGCAUCCUAUUUAUUCCAAGUAGCAUUUGAUCUUGUUUUCUUAAUUAUUAUUAUUAUUUUUUGUAAUGCUCCUUAUCUUUUUACGAUGUUUGCAACGAGGACUUUGUUCAGAAGCGGGUUUUCUGUCCUAGCUGCCUGUCAUAGACACAAUGUAGGCUAGAUUGGCUCCUGGCUUUACGUUAGUAAGUGCCAUCUAGUGCACAGACCAUGUAUUGCCAGUAAAAACAACCAGUUCUAAGAUGGCAGAUCACCAGAUGGCGCUAGCAUCAAAAAAAAAAAAAAAAUAGUGAGCUAUUUAACACGCAUAUCUGUUCAAUACAAUACAAGCAUGUUUUUGUUCAUUUCUGUUGUGGAAAAAAAAAGCGUACCCUCACCCCAAAUAUCUUCCAUUCUCAUUGUGGACCGAUCAGGUAAUGACAACACCUGACCUUUCAACUCUGUUGGCUCCGCCAGUUAUGCAGGAGAUCCAUGAAGCUACUUUAUCAUUUAUAAACCUAGAACUGUCUCGAAUGACUACAGAUUACUCCAAUCGCCUUCAGAAGAAAUUGCCCAUUUGUAAUGAAUUCUAUAAAGAUUUCAUCGGCCCUUUGUCACUGGCCUGAUUGCGUUAAACCAUCGCCGUGUGUCAUUAUCCAGGGACACACUUUUACAUUCUUGAGCGCAAACCUUGUCAUCUCACACCUAUAUUGCUGUUGUCAGUAGAUUUGAUAUUUAUAUAAUGUUGCUGCUUCCCUCCUUCUUUCCUCCCCCCUCUCUCUCUCUCUCUGUAAUCCAAGUCCUAACGCUGCCCCAUUUCUAGAGUGUGUGUGUGGUCUCAGGGAUGCCCACUGUGAGGGCAGCCACUGCCCGUCUUAAUACAGUAGAAACUCUUCAAACUGACCAUUGGCCAUACAAAGACAUCUCCUCAUUUUAAUUAGUCACUCAGUCCAGUACUAUGCAUUUUCUGACUGGCCAAGGAGACUUUCGGACUGCCUACUGCACCAACUUUAGGACUUGCCGUUAUCUAUGCCAAGUAAUUUACGACUACCCCUUUGCCCUUUGUGAAACGUGCCUAUCCUGUACAGUCUCCCUCCCUCCCCCCACCACCUACCCUCGAACCUGCCAUAAUGCGUCACAGAAAUUCCUGUCAACCACAGUGAGGUUUUUUGGAGGUUCUAACAAAAUUAUUAUAGAACUGAGAAAAUAGAAAAGUUAUUUGGUUCGGCAAAGAAAGAACACCAACAGGCAGUUUGGAAAUGUAAAUACUAGUAAUAAAUAAUAAUCAUGAGGCUAUUUUUAGUGAACCAGACAUGGGUAGAUGGGUCGAAAGGGCUCCUCUCACUCGUAAAUUGUAAACUCCAUAUGAAUCAUAGUAUUUUAAAUUGAUUCCCUCCUUUGAGAAAACGACAUUUUCUUUGCACUGCUAUCUAACUGUCUAAAAUUGCACUGCGCCUGUGUUGAAUGAAUUCUGACCACCUCCCUCCCCCCAGACUGCUCUCCUGUGCAUCCGAUGUGAAAACUUGUGAUAAGUGCAAAAUGUGUAAAAGUUGUAGCGUUUACUGUAAAAUCAAACUGAAGUACUGUACAGUUAGUGAUCAAUAUUAUGAUGAACUUGUGAUAAUCUAUCUGUUCUCUUGCAAUUUUAUGUGCCUGUGUUCGGUGUUUGUGUGUGGUAUGGAUGAAUGGUUUGCAAUAUUUCUCUUUUUUAAUUUAAUUUAUAUUAUUUAUUUUAUUUGUUGGCUUUUACACUUUGCCGAAAACCCUAUUGAAACAUUUGUAUAAUUAGCUUUAUCAUUUCUGUGCUCUGCUACACAGCAUACAAUACUGAAUUUUAAAUGAUGCAAGUCUUACCGCUAAUCGAAAACACACCAAUAAGGGUUUGUGUUUUUUUGGGGUGAUUGGGAAUGUAUUCUAAACAAUGGCCACAAGAGGGAGCCAGUGAGCUGGCCUGCAACUCACUUGAAAUUGAAUAAAUGUGCAUGUAGCGGACGGGUCGAAACACUAGAGGGCGCCAAUUCCCUUAUUGUUUGCCUGGUAUCAGACAAAAGUUAUCAACAUGAAAAAUGACGUAAUUCAUUCAUUGUGCGUUUCUGGUUCAAACUAUACAAGGACAUUAUGUACAAAGCUAUUCUGUAGUGUAUGUGUAAAGAUGGGGAUAGAUAGAUAGAUAGAGAGAUAGAUUUCAAAGCCGUGGAAACCAGUUACAAGUUUAAUGCAUGCUUGUAUAUGAACUGUAUCUAUGUCGAGGUCACAAGAGUUUCUUGAGCAUGUUUUGUAAUAUGAAUUAUUAGGAACCGUCUCUGGUUAAAAUAAACCAUUUUGAACAAGGCGGGAUGUCUUGUGCACAUAGUAAUACCUCUAUGACGUUUCUUUUAGCAUUUCCAAACAGUUCCCUGAAACGCGUUUAACUCUUUUUUUGUCAACCAGCAGAGGGCGCCGGUGGUCUGAAGCGUUAAUAACACAUCAUUAAAAAUACAGUAUAUAUCUUAAAUAUAUCGUUUACAGUCCAUUUCAGACAUUGUGUGGUUUUUAAUAUCAGUAUUAACUCUGGUCUGAUAUCAAACUAUUUAUUUGACAUAAUACGGUACUGGGAAUAUUCCAGACCCGAUCACGUUUAUUUUUUUUAUACCGUUUAUUUAUUUAUUGGUUUUCUUUCUGGACUGAAUGUAUAAACUACGUUGUGCAAUAUGAUAUCCAUAAGUUGGAUUAUUGUGUUUUUAUUGUCUGAUGCCAGUUGUACUGUUAAACGAGUAAAUUGUGUUGCCGUGACCAAGUUGUGUAAGAAAUAAAUAUGUGUACAAACAUGUAUCUUCGAUGUGAUUGUAGGUGUGACAAUAAAUAUGGGAAUAUAUUAAAUUAUCGUGCUGUCAAAUUAACAAAUAAUACAAAAAAAAAUAUUUAAUAAAGUAUAUUAUUCAUCUUAA